AUGAAGAAUCUAACGAUUUUUGUUGCUAUAAUAUUAUUUUCAAGCUGUGUCACAUCUCAAUUCCUUGAUCCAACAGAUGACGAAGAGCUCCAAUGGUCAGGUUACUCUAAGGCGCCCUCGCCUAUCCACAAACACAAUCCAAAUGAGAAAUUAAAGAAGUGCUUUUCCAGUUACAAGAUGGUAACAAAAUGUUUGAAUAAGGCGUUAACCAAAAAAACAACCACUGAUUCUAACUGUUGUGCCAUGAUUGAGAAGUUGAAUGAAAAUUGUAAACAUACAGAACUCGGAUCGUUCAGUAACAACUUUGUUCAGAAACAUUGCUCUGACAACAAUGCUCCUACUCCGGCUUAG